GUAGGGCUAGGGCUGAUCACAGGUGAUGAGCAAGAGUAGAGUGAAGAGGGGGGAGGAUCAGUAGAGCAAGGGGGAUAACUGAACCCCUGCCGCGCCUCGACAAAGGAGCUCACACCAAUGAAGAGCCUUUCUCUAUUUCUCUCUUUCCCUUUCUCUCUCUCUGCCUCAUCUCAGCUCAUCCCCCCUCAGUCGCCCGCCUGUUCCAGUGUUUUCACAGGGCUUUCGAGAUGGCUCGUUAGAAUAGUGGGAGAAAUUAGGAGUGCGACCGUGGGGAUGAAAUGCACAGUAAUCAAAGAGAUAGUGAGAUGAAAGUAUAUUGUUCCCAUGAAGGGCAGAGUAGAAGGGGCUGACACAAAGCGGAUUGAGCGGGCACUCGGAAGCUUUGUGUCUGUGUUAGAGUAAGUCUGUGUGCGUGUGUCAGCUUGGCUGCGUGACCCUCAGUGAGCUAAUCUGGAGUAUGGAUUUUGGAAUGAGGAGCAGCACUUAAAGGGCUGUACCAUGAUGGUGGUCUGCAUGGAUACCAAGCUGUGCCGUGACAGAGGGCAGCGUGGGUAAAAGUCAUGCGGCACUCUGCCCUGUACCACUGCUACCCUCUUCUGGGCGGGGCUCUACUGCUCCUGCUGGUUAGCUGCGUCCUGGGUUGCCCCGCUCGCUGCGACUGCUCCGCCCAGACCAAGUCAGUCAGCUGCCACCGCAAGCGACUGCCUACCAUCCCCGAGGGCAUCCCCAUUGAGACUCGGCUUCUGGAUCUGAGCAAGAACAAGCUGCGGAGCAUUACACCGGACAACUUCUCCUCCUUCCUACAGCUCGAGGAUCUAGACCUCAGCGAUAACCUGAUAGGCGAGGUCGAACCGGGCUCCUUCAAAUUUCAGCUCUCCCUGCGCUCGCUGAACUUCCACAGCAACCUCCUCCAGCUGGUCCCCGCCGGUGUGCUCUCUGGCCUUGCCAACCUCACCAGUCUGGACCUCAGCCACAACCGGUUGGUGGUGCUGCUGGACCAUGGCUUCCAGGACCUUCGGAGGCUGAUGUCCCUGGAGGUGGGUGACAAUGAGCUGGUGUUCAUCUCCCAGAGGGCCUUUACUGGCCUGCUGGGCCUACAGAGCCUCACCCUGGAGCGCUGCAACCUGACUGUUGUGCCCACUGAUGCCCUGGGGCACCUACACAGCCUGGUGGAACUCCACCUGCGCCACCUGGGCAUUGGUGCCCUGAAGCCCUACUCCUUCAAAAGACUUCCCCACCUUCGCCACCUGGAGAUUGACUACUGGCCCUGGCUGGAAGUCUUCCCCGCUCUGUCGCUACACGGUCUCAACCUCACCACACUCACCGUCACCAACACUAACCUGUCCUCUUUUCCCGGCCCUGCUCUACGCAACCUGCCCUACCUCACGCACCUAAACCUAUCCUUUUGCCGCAUCCAGCACAUCCAGCAAGGGGUGCUAGACAAGCUUCCGCGACUGCAAGAGUUGCACCUGCGAGGGGCUCAGCUGGCUUACAUUGAACCCCUGGCCUUCCUGGCACUCCCAAACCUGCGUAUGUUGGAUGUGUCGCACAACCAGCUGGACUCUGUGGAGCAAGCUGUGUUUGCGUCCCCUGACAGCCUGCAGACGCUGCUUAUGGGGGGGAACCCUCUGGUGUGCGACUGCCGGCUCCUAUGGCUGCUGAGUGGCCGGAAGCCACCCUUGCUGCAGCUCCCUGACCCCCAGCCCGAGUGCAGUGCUCCUGAGCGCAUCCGUGGGAAACCCUUGCGGGACCUCAAGGAGCCGCUGGUGUCACGGUAUGUGACUUGCACCAAGCCACGGAUCGGGCUCAACACCACCCAGCUGCUGCUGGCAGACGAGGGGCAGCCUGUCUGGCUCAACUGCAUAGCAGACGGGGCUCCUCGGCCAUCCAUGGCCUGGGUGACGCCACACAGACACUAUGUAGCAGCCAAGAGCACCGGGAGGGUGACAGUCCAUACCAACGGCACCCUGGAGAUUAAGGCUGCGGAGCUACACGACAAUGGUGUGUACCUGUGUGUGGCCAGUAACGCGGCGGGUAAUGCCAGCAUGUCAGCCUCGCUGGCUGUGAAGAGCCUGGGCAUCAGCGAUAGAUUGCUCUACACCAACAAGAGCGGACUCCUGGCGGACUCCAACGGGACCUGGGCCAACGGCACCCUCCUGUACAAUAUGACAAAUCCCAUAGACCUGAAGACCAUCAUCAUCUCCACAGCCAUGGGCUGCCUGUCUUUCCUGGGCGUGGUCAUCUUCUGUUUCCUCCUCCUGUUUGCCUGGAGUCGUGGGAAGGGAAGGCACAAGAGCAACUUCGACAUUGAGUACGUUCCCCGCAAAUCGAAUGGGACAGCAGCGGAGGCAAAUGAGACAAGCGGGCCCAGACGAGUCAACAUGAAAAUGAUUUAAAUUUACAAACGGACCAACACAUAUGAUAGUAACAAACAAAAUACAGUGCAUAUCAUUUUCAAAGUUUUCUUUGAUACAGUGGAGUUGUGAAAAUGAAAGUGAUGUACCGAUAUAGUGGUGUUGAUAUGAAGGUGAUCUAGUGAUUCAGUGGACAUGUUGAUAUAAUAGUGAUCUAUGAUACUGUGGAAUUGUUUAUAUAAAAUUAUGUUAUCAUACAAUACACUGGAUAUAAUACUAUAUAGCCCACAUAUCAAUGAGAGUGAGGCAGUGAUACAGCGCUGGGCCUGUGCUACGCUGUUGAUGUGAUGACUAAUGAUGUUGUAGACUCGGCGUGACACCAAGGUGAGAAAGGAAGUCUCUGGGAGUGACAAGGGAGAAGUUGAGAUGACAGUGGUGCUGUCAUUGCUCUAUCAUGUCUGGAGUAAAUUGUGUCUAAUAACCAUCUAAGCAGCAGGUGUGUUUGUUGAGUAAAAUGUAGUGUUACGUAUGUUUGUAUGCACACGCAAAUCACUACGAACAAUAUCCAAGAGACCUGCUUCAUAAAUAUUUUCAAGUAGGCCAUUGUUCCCCUUUGUACCACCUCAAGAUAUGCAUUGCAGGAUUUUGGCAACUCGAGCUUCAACUCAAGGAAAAUGUAUACACGAUAUUUACAACUUCAAGUGGGAUUUCAGCUAAAAGCACUAGAAGAACUCAAGGUAUCUUCCUGCUGAAGAAAUAGUAGCAGUUGAAAAUUUUGGUUAUUGCUUGGAAAAAAACACAGAUGAUAAAUAUCUUAUGUUAAAUCCCCUUUUAUUACCUUAUAAAUCAAUUGCAGAUUUUCCUGCCAGCAAAAUCCCCUGAUGUAAUGUAAAAUAAACGGUCAGUGACUAGACUAGACACAAUAGCAAAGAUUUACUGGCCGAUGUCCCCUUUGAACAGGACAAAUCUCAGCCUGGUGAGUUAUGGGUGGUAUUGUAUCCCCUCUCAUUUUCUUUGGCCCCAAUGCUUCAAGCUGGCAUGUCCCGAGGCCUCUCUUGGGUUAAAAUAGGUUUCUGGGUAUUUCAUUGAUGGCAUUUGAAAGUUGUGGUGUUUUUGUUGAAAUGUUUUAACUGUUGAAAAAAAAGUGUAUUAAAGAAUAACAUUAAGGGCAACUCUUUGUAAAAGCAGGGAUGUAGGUGUCAACAUGUGUGAUCCAGUUGUGAUACAAUGUUAAAGGUUGUUUAAAUGUUUUCAUAUGAUAAAUUUAUGGGUAUAUUUUCAAACGGAAAUAAAUCGUAAUCAUAUAGCUUCA